CUUCAAAGGAAACAAAAUGUCGGAAAGGGUGAACAUUUUGUGGAUCUUACCUUCCAUCAUUCUAGACGACAGGAAAUCGGCGAAGCCCAUGAUUAAAAUGUUGCAGGCAUAGAGGAAAACAGAAUACUCGUUAAUAUACAAGACAAUUUUUUCGUUGUAAAAAUUGAACGCAAACAACGCAAGGAAUGAAUCGAAUACAAUGCGCCGGCAUCGAAGACUUCGAGUGCGGAUCCAUGAGAGAAAACAAGAAAAAUUUUCGGUGAGUCUGUAUCCAUGAAGAGAUGAUUCGUACCUGGGUCGAUCCAAACUUGAUCUUUUUCCUAUCGGGGCCUGCAAAAGUUAGAGAAAUAAGCAUUUCUUUUAAUCGUUUUUAUUACUCAUGGUGCAAGUAGAAUCGGAGAAGGCGAAUCUGCUCACUUUCUCGAAGGGAUAAAACUUUCGGAAAGCUAACUACUCCAAAUAAUUACCCGAAGGACGAAUUGACAAGGGUAUAAAAUAAGCACGCUGUUAAAAAAAAAUAACAACUCUAGGGAAAAGCGUUCAAGGUGUUAUAGAACGCCGCAAAUAUUCUCGAUCGAUAGGCAAAGCAAAAUGGACACGAAAUCGACGACAAUGGCGAUCCUAAAGCUCUUCGUAAAAAUAAUGCAAGCGCUGUGUUUUUGGACCAGAUUAUCAUUUCGCUUCGCAGUUCCCUAGUUUGAAACUCUAGGCUCAAUUGUCGACGGCAGACGGAACUUCCCCGACAUUUGGAAAGGAAUGAAUGAUUCAUCUACCCAACUACGAUCUAUCAACAAUAGCUUAAGAUUAGGCAAAUUUGUAUCUACAUGUGCUUCGGUGUUAGAGAAAAAUCAACUCCGUUUGCGAAACGAUAUAUCACAGGAGAGAAACGGUUAAAAAUUGGCUUUGGUUACCAUAACAGAGCCAAAAAUUACACCAUACAUUAAGAGGAAACGAGAGAGACAAUAAAUCACAGUAAAGUACCGUAGUUUACCAAAGAAAUAAGCGUGAAAUUACACGAAUAGAUGUGCCGUCAAUCUUACCUUCGCUCCCGACCGGCUUUAGUUUCGCCUGGGCCUAAACCGGGUAAAAUCACGAAAACAAAAACUUCAUCACGAAAUGUGAAACAUAAACUUGUUUAGAUUUCUCAAGCAAUCCAUUUUGUUAGCCCGUGUAUGAUUUCCGAAAGAUUAGUGAAACUGCCCUUACCAGAACUGGGUCAUCAUCUCCAGAUGCCACUUCUUCUCUCAUCGGCUGCAUUGAAGAAAUAUUGCUUUAGACACAAAGCUACUUACGAAGUGCGGUGAAAAAUCGUCAGACAACAGAGGAAUAAUCUCAAAAUAAAUCAAAAUCAACGUCUUUCAAGAAUCAUUCUUACUUUUUGUAAUGGAGCGGUGUGUUGAAUGGCUUCCCCGUUCAUUCCGGCUAAAAAAUUGAACGAAAAUUUUCUAAGUGUCGUUCUCCAACGAAAGGCAAAGGACAAAGAAAUAGCUAAGUCUCUACUAACGGUUAGUACGCAGGCGUGGAGGUCACGUGAUAACUUGGUGCUUCAUAUCUCAUAGGUUACCCAGGAAGGGAUUUUUUUCUGACACACUUUUCAAAACUUUAAAAUAUCCUCUCUCUCGGCUAACUCCUGAAAAAGAAAUUGUACAAUUAAAUAAAUGAGCCGCUCCAGCCAUCAAUCUAAAAUUCCUUCUCUAAAAUGUCAGCUUUUUCCUGAUUCCUUCUCCCUUCCGGCACAAGAGUAUGUGCAGUUCACCUUUCGUUAAUUAUUAUUAGAUUCCCUUUUUGCUGAUAACUCACCUACUCAAUUUACUAGUAUUUUAGUCGCUUCAGUGAAAGAAGGGCGCAUCAUGGGACCUUUUGAAAAGGAGCUAAAAUGGGCAAGGGGGGAGUAUGCGGAGGAGUGUCAAUUGAUUUAGCCGCUGGCUCUUUGUACCCUAGACUCAAAUUAUUCAGAGAGUUUACGGCGAGAGCCCGUGCUGGCCGUUGGCCAAAGCGAUGUUGUUCUUUACGGUGUUAGUUUUCCUUCUCGGAGAUUUUGCCUUGAUUGAAGCAAAGGUACCAAUAGUUAUUGGUAAGUAGUGUACUAAUCAACUUUGUGGGUGGUCUUAUUUAUUUACAACGAUGCUCUCUUUGAAGGCGGUAAUCGACUCUGAUAAAUUACUGUACUCGCGACUCGCCGUGUAUUUCUUUGCUCGCGAUCCAAGAUCAUUUCCUCAAUAACUCCCAUAUAAUUUAUAACUAACAGUCUAACUGCUUUAUAUUUCGGCAACGGAAAUAGCGAGUAGGGUAAUGAGUAAAAUCUGAUUGCUUAGCUUGAAAUCUGGUGAAACUCGAAUUCAUUAAAGAUGUUGCGUAAGCAGUAUUUACAAAUUAUGCAGACAAUCUACAAGUAAGCGAAUAGGCCUCACAGAAAUGUCACGUUCACCGCAGGAAGAUCGGUUAACGGUGUUGUUUAUUUUUGCCUUGCGAGUCUUCGUCUAUUGCGCGAUUUGUUGGAUGCCUUUCUUGGUAAGAUUUCUGAAGAUUUUCGCAUAACAUGCAUCAUUCUUCAUAGCGAAACUCAUAUAUUACACUGGGGACUUGAGUCUAAUAUGGAGUUAUUCAACAGUGUUCCCUAGUAAUUCAUAAUUGCUUUGUGAAUAACAUUCUCGUGUGUUUUACAAUACAUUUGGAUAUAGUUUUCUAUUUUGCCAUUGUAUGCUGUAGAAAUUGUAACAGGUGAAGUGUUAACAGCAUUAUCACCAUCAUCUUGUUUUGUAAAAUUAUCGAAUUUUGUUGGUUUGGUCUCACACGUAGUGUGUUUACAUCGCACCUGUUUAUUGGUUUUAUAACUAUUAAAUUUUCCUAAAAUCUUACCAGUCUGCACUGCACAUCUGUAUGUCAAUCACAUUGAAUUGAUCAUGAAUUGACUUUUAAUUUACUUACUUACAUAUUGCUGUAUAAUUCUUUUUCUGGCCAUGCUAUCUGUUGCAAAGUAAACCUUGAAUUGAACAACCCACUCCAACAAUUUCAUUGAAGUGUAUUUUUUCAUCAGUCACCAAUGACUAUUGAUGAUUUCUCAUGAGGUGAGGAGCUAGCACUGCUAACAGCAUCUUGGUUUUACUAGUAUAAUCAUCCUAGACUUCUUGUUUAUUAUGCAGUUCCAGGAGAUGGAGGUAGUCAACUCCAGGCCCGUAUCAACAAGUCAACAGUACCACACUUGUGGUGUGAAAAAACUUCAAGUUCCUGGUUUGACUUGUGGCUUAGCAUAGAGUCAAUGUUACCAGGAGCUAUUGGAUGUUGGGCAGACAACAUAAGGUAAGCUUUAUUCACUUCUUUCACGUGCUGGGCUAACAUGUGAGAUUUCACCAAAUAUAUUUCAACAUCUGUCAUGAAAAACCAAGAUAAAUUUUUUAAUCCAAUGCUGAGUUCAAAAUGUACCACUUUUGUAAUGCUAUUUAUUCAUAUGACACUUGUGACAUAGAUGAUCCCUGCUGUUUGUAACACACAUCUCAUAUGUACCUGGUGGUUGCCUUGCUCACCACUGAGUUCCCUUCUCUUAAUGGUAUAGUAUAAGAGCAUGGAAUCCAAAAAGUUUUAUUCCUUAAUUAAAGGCACUCAGUUUUUUUUGUCCCAAACUUCUGAUAGGUUGACUAUUUAGAUUUAGUUGUAGGUACAACAACAACUCUUGAUCAUCUGUCAAAGUGACACAAUGAAACCUGUACUAAGCUUUCACCAAACUCUUGCUAUUUUCAACUUAAUACCAAUGAUAUGCUUGAUCCAGAUUUAGUUAUUUAAUAGUGGCAAUUCACUGUAAGACCCCACUUAGCAUGGUGCAAGUAAUAAACAAUCAGGUUGUUAUGGGUGGUAAGAAUAACAUUACAGCAGUGGAUCUAUUGAAAAUAUAGAAUAUUUAUCUUUAACUGUAAAAAGGUAAUAAAUGAAACUUUAAGCUGUUCUAGCCUUAUACAGGCAACAGAAGUGCUCCUUUUAGGUAAAAAUAUGAUUCAAGUGCAAUGUGGUGUUUAUAAGCACAAGCAAAUUUUUCAAAGACAACAAAACUGCAUGAGCCUAUAGGGCAAGUGCAAUGUGUAGUCAACAUGAUUUUUGAGUGCAAUUUGGUGUUUUUAAGCACAACCAAAUUUUUCAAAGACAACAAAAGUGCAUGAGCCUAUAGGGCAAGUGCAGUUUGUAGUCUUUGAAAAAUUUAUAAGUGCUUAUAUAUACCAAAUUGCAAUCAUGUUAUUACUUGUUAAUUAUGUACGUGAAAAAACAUAGCAGAAAGUCAAGACAGGGACCCAAAAGUUUUUUAAUUUAUGCCUGCAUCUAUACUUGUGCUGACUUUCCAAGAGUCACCCAAUUAUGUUGACUUUAUUUUCCUUAAGGCUUGCCUUUAAUGAAACAUCUCAAAGGAUGGGCAAUGCACCUGGAGUUGAGGUACAAGUUCCAUAUUUUGGAACAACCAAAGGUGUUUCCUAUUUGGAUCCUUCUCUUUAUCAUCCAGGAGAGUAUUUUGCUGAAAUGGUGGCUGCUCUGGAAAAAAUUGGAUUUGAGGAGAAUAUAUCACUGCGAGCUGCACCAUUUGACUUCAGAUAUGCACCAAGUAAGUACACUGACUUUGAAACUUAUGUGAUUGUUACUUAAUUAUUCUAACUUAUUUGAUGAACCAAUACUCUCUAACACAGUUUCAGUGAACAACACCCCUGUGCCCAAAUCAUAGUUUCUACAGUAAAUUGCUGUCUUGUAUAUCAGUUGCUGUAUUUUGAGAAAACUGCAAGCUCUCUUCUUUUAACAGUACAAAACAAUGUUUAAUUGAUUACAUUCAUUGGUUGCUGUGGUUUUUCCUAGCCACUGACUUUUGCCAUGUACAGGAGUUUGACUUGUAGAAUACAGGAAAGUCAAUUUAGUGAAAUACAUUAGACCCUGUUGUUCAAAUGUUGUUUAGCACUAACCUUAGGUUAAAUGUUUAUCCAGGUUUCUUUAUUAAUUUGUUCAAAAGCCUUUUGGAGAUAAUUUUCUAUAUUUUCCUUCUAGAACAUCCAAUAAUCAAAUUCUAAAUGCUCUAUUAGAUCUGAAAUCAGAUGUCACAUUAACCUUGGGUUAUCCUAACCCAGCUUUAAACAACCAGGCCCUGUAUGUUACCCAAUGUCUAAGUCAGUUCCCAACAAAAGUCAAACAUUUGAAGCAAUGAUUAAGUGAUAAGAAUAGACAAUGGUGUGCUAUACAAGGUUAUUUUUUGGUUGUAACUUCACAAAAUUCUUCUAAUUUGUAAGGAAAUGUACAUUACCUACUAGAUAGAGUGCAGCAGGUGAAUGAGAGAAUUAUUUAUCAGUCAUUUAGAGAAUUAAAGGACACAAGUGGCCUUUCUUAUUAUCAUUAUUAACAAAUUAAAAUUAUUAAACUAAGCAUAUGACAAAUGUAUUUUUCAUCUUGACCUGAACACCUAAAUUUUUAAGUUUCCAGCCUCUCAUUAACUUCUUGAUUGCACAAUUUAUUUCAGAUUCUGCUCUGGAAUACUUUGCCAACUUGAAAGCUCUAAUAGAAGACACAUACUUGAAAAACAAUAAGACACAAGUUGUUUUGCUGUCUCACAGCUUGGGAUGUCCGUAUACUCAUCACUUUCUCUACAACAUGUCUCAGGAAUGGAAGGACACACACAUAAGGGCUUGGGUAACUAUUGCUGGGGCAUGGGCUGGUUCAGCCAAGCUAAUGCGUAUAUACGCUUCAGGAACCAACCUUGGUUUUCCAGAUGUUGUUCUUGAGCCACUGAACCUCAGGCCAGUUUUACGAACCUAUGAGAGCUCUGCAUUUUUGAUGCCCAGUAAAGAUUUUUGGUCUGCAGAGGAGGUGAGUGCAGAGUUGGUACAAGUUAUUUAAACUGCAGCUAACCAUUAAUGACAAAAUAACUGGUAUCUUUGUUAUCAGGAAUUACUGUGAUAAAGUCUAAUUGAGCAUCCAGGUGAUCCACUAGGCAUCAGAGCUUAGGGGAAUAAACCACAAAUCAAGUAGAAUUCUCUCACUAAAUUUGGAUCGGCCUGUGCUAUUUUUAUCAACCCAUUAUUCUCUUAGUGUAAUGCAUUCAUAUGCAUAAGUUAGAACUUUGGAGAAACUGGGAAAGCAAACAGAAUGCACAUUAAAUUUUCAUUAGUCAUCUUCUCCAAUAAACAAGCUCUAAUGAAAGUAGGCCAUUUAAGUAACUUAUUUUCAAAGGAAAAAGCAAUCGAUGUAUGUCAAAUUUAAACUCAGAAAUCAAGAUAAAAGAUAAAAAUUCCUGAUUUUUUUGCAUAUAUGCAACAUUCUUGUGGAUUGGGGAAAGCAUCUCUUAUGCAAGCCACACAGCACAGACAGUUCAGUGGCCAAUGGGAAGGAGAACAUUCUACUGUUACUAGGCACUAAACUCCUACAUUUUACCAUGAAAACCCUUCACAAGGUGCCCAGGAAGACUGUGUGUGAGAAAUUGAAAAUAUCCAAUGGGACAAAUAGAGAAUUACAGAGAAAGUGAUUGUAAAUUAAUUCAUCUCUUUUGUCACCUUUUUCCUCCAAACUUGUGUUUGUUUAGUAGUUGUAGACAUUACUGUCAAGGAAAAUUUACUCUUUUAGAGUAUGUAGAAGCUCUAGAUAGUUUGGUGGGGCUUUGUAAAUGUAAUUUCAUGGAAGUGAGAGAUGUUUUUCAGUGACACAGUACAGGCAAUUCACAGUGCUCUUAACUUGAGUUACACUGUUACCUUUCUUCCUGCCUUUAGUUCCAAGUUUCAUUUAUUUAACAGCAUCUGAUUUUAGUAUCAAGUUGGAAGGUCACCUUUGGGUUCAGAACCUGUUCAGAAUACUCAAAAUUGUUUUUUCUUUUUUGUUCGAGAACCAACUCUGCCUGUAUUGCAGACUGAAAAAAUGUCAUCAUUCACUUUCACCGAGUGUUACAUUGAUGUGUCAUGAAAAUUGCAACAUUCUAUGUGUGACUCUCUUGUGCAUAAAAUUACUGCUCUUUACAUCCUUGUCUUUCCUCCACAGGUCAUUGUUCAAACAGCCAAUCUAAACUACUCAUUAGGAAACUUAGAGAAAUUUUUUCAUGACAUUCACUAUCCAGAUGCCAUUAACAUAAGUCGACAGGUUCCACCUGUCUGGAUCAAUGACCCACCCAAUGUACCUUUGUAUUGCCUGUAUGGCACAGGAGUACCAACACCUGAAAAGUUUGUUUAUGGAGCAGAUGAGUUUCCUGAUACAUUUCCUAAGACAUUGUUCGGAGAUGGAGAUGGGACUGUAAACAUUCGCAGCCUAAAGGCUUGUCAGAGCUUUGUGGGUAAACAGAAACAGAAAGUAGUUACUAAGACAUUUUCAAAUGCAGACCACAUGGGUAUCAUUGGUGACAUAAGGGUUAUUGAAUUUGUGAAGAAUCUCAUUAGUUCAUUGGAUUGAUCGUGCAAUUGGUUUUCUUUUUAUCUGAGAUUUUCCUGCGCUGUCAACACAAACAUGUGCAUGAUCUGUAUAUAUUUUAGCGAAAUUUAAGUUAUUGCAAAUACUUGCCGAGAUAUACCAAAGCCCUUAUGGAAAUAGUGUAUCUCUCCACAAGUACUUUACAAGGCCUUUUUACAAAACGGUAGCCUAAUAACGAAAAUUUGUUGUAACACUUAAGUAGAAACAUCUUUCAUGUUUAUAUUUAUUGCCAAUAUUAAGAGGUGAAGGUGUCUUGAAAACGAUGAUCUACAAGUGGCUCCGAAGUACUUUUAAGCUCUUUCAACAUGACCAAGUCUUCAAGGUUUUGCAGUGAGAAAAAAUUCGGUGUUGGUUUUUCAGUCCUGUUGGAGAGCGUUUGUAGUGGAAACAUUGUCAACUCUUUUCAAGUUUCUCAUUAUGCGUUAAAUGCAAUAUUGUUCCAGAUUGCAUUUAAGGUAUAGGGAAAUAUGUUUUAGAAUUAUUGAAUACAAUCUAACCUAGCAAAAACAGCAUUAUCGUUUCAUCCAUAGUUUCUUUACUGCACUUAUCAUUAUUUCCUAGUUAAUUUUUUUUUUACAUUACGCUUUAAUUACACUUUAUUUAGUGACAGCUAGUUUUGAGUGGUUAAGAAUUAAAAAUUUUUUUUGGACGUUAUAAAAGUCGGAAAAAAAACCUAUCACAGAGCAUUUUUCAGUGCUUGAUGAGUCUUGCAGGGGUGUCUUCAUUAUAACAGCGUGAAUCCUUUGUUUCCAAAUCUCCGUGUGGUUCUGCCAAUAACUAUUUUAAUUUCUCAACAUUUAUCGUGAAGUUACAACCAGUACUUUUUGCCUUUUUCUUUUCUUGCUUGAUUGAACCAGUGACACCCUAAUGAUAACAUCUUGAAGAGCUGCAUUAUCCCCUCAGUCAAACAACUUCUCAGCUCAAAUGCCAUACUUAAGUUAUUUGGUACCGUAGGACUGUUCGUCACAUAAAAGACAAUCUGCGUACCUUACAACUAAUGGUCAGGUAUCCACUCAGCAAUACUUAACAAAAUUGACUGUUUUUCAAAACAGAGAUCGAUCGGACCGUGGAGGUAAAGUAUCGCCUUCUCUCGCAUCGUGGUUACAGUUAUUGAGUGGGUUUCCUUUACUACCAGUUCUUCUUCCGUUCAAUUCAAUUUUAUAGAUACCCGAUGCCCCAACGAUGACAGGUCUCUUAGAUCCAGCGGAAUCAGUAUGUGAACCUCUUGCUGCGAAAAUCGACGAGCUGUAAAAUGUUUACACUAUUUUCCAAAAUUAAGUAAAAGCAACUUAAUUAGAGUUGAAAACUAACGCGCGCUCGUACUUGAGCGUGGGCGCAUUUCCUGUGCAGCGGAUUUUUUUCAUGCACUUUCCUUUUGGACGGAGCGUUGAAGUUAUUAAUAUUGUAAUUAACGUAAAUACAUCGCUAGUCUAGCCUGCACAGCUGUUUAGUGCGUUACCUUGGAAC